AUGUUCAAAAGGGCAAUAUUCGGCGAUCAGAUCUAUCAAUUACUCAUUUCAAGGCUCUCUAGUAGGUCAAUACUUACUGUGUACAGUAGACUCCUCCAGCGAUGGUCCCAGGUGCAAAUACGUUGCCUUCCGCUCGUGCGUUUUAAUAGAAAGAGUCACGGAGCAGCUGCAGAGGCCAAAGGAGAAAGCACGGCGAUGGGAGAUCCCCGCGCAAUGGGGCAGACGAAGGGGUUUUUCCUUUGGAGCAACAAUUUAAUGAUAUGA